AUGAUUGAAGACGACAUCUACCGCACCUCCUCUCAGUUUCGACUUUGGUCAUACACCGAGCAAUCUCUACAGUCGCUUCGCGCUACGACAAAUGUCAUUGCCAGCGACCGGGUAAGGACCGCGCUUCGCCGGGCUCCCGAAGCUCAACAGUCCGCCACACCUUCUGCGACAGGCACUCCACAGCCGGGCAGCGAUGUCGAAAGUAAAGCUUCUGACGAAAAGCCCAUAGACUGCCUGACUCCCGAAGAGGAGCUGGUGUUUGUUCGGUACUACUGCGAGUCGCUUUUGGAACUGGGUGAUGAGUAUAAACCACCAUUGCCCACCACCGUCCGAGCCACCGCGAUCCAAUACCUUCGCCGGUUUUACUUGACCAACUCCCCCAUGACUUAUCAUCCCAAAAAGAUCAUGGCAACCGCUCUCUUCGUCGCCACCAAAACCGAUAACUACUAUAUGUCUCUACGGUCAUUCGCAGAAGCAAUCCCCGGGAACCCAUCACCAGACGAAGUGGUCGCACCCGAGUUCCUGCUCAUGCAAGGUCUCCGCUUCACAUUCGAUGUCCGACACCCAUUCCGCGGACUGGAAGGUGGCGUCAUGGAGCUCUCAGCCAUUGCCCAAGGCCAGGGCCAACCAACCCCCCUCCUCCCACACCAAACAGCAGAAUCUCUCAAACAAGGGAUUCUCUCCAUAGCACCACCUCCCACGCCCUCAUCAUCCAUAGCCGACCGGAUUGGACGCGCACACAACGCAACACGCGAGCUGCUCAAGACCGCAGCACAGAUGACAGACGUGUACUUCCUCUACACGCCCUCACAAAUCUGGCUCUCAGGCCUCCUCCUCGCCGACAGACCCUUGGCCGAAUAUUAUCUGGAAACCAAGCUUGGCGGUCCCAUAACAUCUACUCCAGCUAAUACAGACCCAUCCAACCCUCUCAACGAAAUCCGCACCAAGCUGUUCAAAGUCCUUUCCGACUGUGCAGCCCUCCUCCAAGCUUACACCCCUCUCUCCGCAGAUGCAGCCCAAAUAAAAAACCUCAAGCGCAUCGCGAAGAAACAUUAUAAAUGCCAGAAUCCCGAGGGCGCCAACAUGUCGCAGAAACGCGACUCUGCCCCGUCCCGGGCGGUCUCGGCGGCUGCUGCCACCGAUUCUGGCCAGGUAACUUCAGAAAGCGAGACGGAGAGACAGGCCAAGAAGAGGAAAUUGGAGGAGCAGAAACAGAAUGGGGCAAAGGACAUGUUUGGCGGGGAACUUGUUCCUGAUAGGACGAAAGGGCAGUGA